AUGGCCUGUGCUGAUGCGGAAGAGCGCGCCGAGGUAGCCUUCGAGCUUCUGGACGUGGACGGCGACGGCCUUCUGGGAAAGGAGGACAUACGGCAGGCCCUGAGCCUCUGCGGCUACGAAGCAGAGGCUGGCACCCUGGAGCUCUUGGCUGCAGGAGCGCCGAAGCCGGGACAGCCGCCAGGCCAGAUGGACUCGAAGACCUUCCAAGUUCUCGUCAAGCAGCACAGCCGAGAAGUGCAUACCUGGAAGCGUGAUGUGCACGCGCAGGCGGUCACAGCUUUUGGAGAUGAUGAGUUCCUGGAUGCUGCCGCGGUCGUCGAAGGCUUGAAAGCCCUGGGAUUGGACGCCACCGAGGACGAGGCGAGUGAGAUGAUGCGAGACUUUGAUCAGGACCGCGAUGGCCUCCUGUCGCAGGACGAGUUUCAGGAGAUGCUGGGCACAGUCUAG